AUGCGGCUAACGCUUCUGCUCAUCUGCUGCCUCGCCGCAUGGACGGUGGUGCUUCUUGGCGCCCCUGCCGCCGCGGGCAUUUACAUUGACAGGGACUGGGUGCCGUUUGGAGCCACCAUGACGGUUGGCCGCGCACACAGUGCGGUGCUCUUCGCGAAUGCCUCACUUUUUGCCGUGGGCGGCUGCGAGAAUCCCGUGUGCACAGAGGCGCUGAACACGGUGGAGAUUAUAGACCCCAACCAGCAGAGACCCACGAAACUCGUGGAGUUGCCCAUCUUCUUGAACGCAGGGAAUCUGGGCGAUGGCGCAGCUUUUACGCCGGUUCCCAUGCGAGUGGCCGGACCCACCGCCAUGGUGCGCGUAGACGAUGUCGACGCCGAAAGAGGCGAGGGCUUCUCCUUUUAUGUUGUUGGCCCGUGUGGGUACUACUUCCCUAAGCACCAAAAUCCCCUGGAUUCAACCCUUGUGAGGCAGCAGUACACAGGCAUUUGGCAUCUCUCCAGCAGCUUGACGCGCGUGCUGGAUCACUUUAGCAUUCCGCGGAGGUUUGGCGGUAAAGAAACGGGUGGGACGAGCGCGGCGAAGCCAAUUCCAUUUCGGGCAAAUGCCACAUGCAGCUCACGUGGACAUCUCAUUUUUAUCAUUGGAGGGGUUGACAUUAUCACCGGCGAGGCCCUUGCCACAGCGGACGUGUAUGACACAAGGUCGCGUCGCUACACACCUGAGGCUGCACGGCUCGACGCGGCUGUGCAAAACCCGCUGGUUGCUAUGGACAGUGAACUCAUGUAUGUUGCUGGAGGUGAAACACGAUUUGAUGUGCCCAGCGAGGAGGCAAACGUGAAGCGGGGGUGUGUGGGUGCGACGCAGGAGACGCAGCGCUCGUUGUCGUACUGUAGCCGCCACUCCGCCACCGUGUGGCACCCCUCUGUGAAGGUGCAGGCGAUUAUGGUUGGCAGCGUGUUUGACCGCGACGGUGCAAGUCCUGGCGCCAAUGCGUCACUUCCAACCCUGGUUGUUCGGAGUUUGCCUGCCAACCUCGAGCUGCGCUACCCGAACGCUGACGGAGGAAACCCUUUCCUUUCAAGCAAUCGGUACUUGUUCGCGUUUAACGGCAAGCUGUGCCUCAUAUUGAACGUCAGCUUCGUCAACUGCCUCGACAUGGAGGAGCUGUUGAACUGUGUCGGGCUUCCUACGAACGGCAGCAACGCUCUUAUGUGGCAUUCUCUCUUGGGGACGUCAAGCACCCCUCCGGUGUCUGCGUCCGCCCCCUUCGCCUUCCCGCUUUCCGCGGGUGUGUUGGGUACCAUGUUGGCCUUUUUCGCACUCGGCGGAUUCGGCGCAGACGGGGAGGCCUCUGCACGCGUCUUCUAUCGCGGUAGUGGCCUACACACCGCCAGUGUCGCUAAACUUGACGCGGUGGUGCCGAUCAACACGCCGCUGCGCCUGACGCUCCACCCACCGAUAGAUGGCUACGCACGGCUGUCAAGUAACCCGCUCUGCAUUGGCAACGCCGCGGGGACGUCUGACGUGCGCGUGUUUCGGCUUCCAGAGGAUGCGACCGUCGCCGAGUUUCAACCACGCGCUGAGAGCGACCACGUGUAUGUGUGCUUUUCAAAUGGCCCUGUAUGGCUGCCCAGCGCCGCGGGCACGGACCCGGGCCUCUUAGAUCGAAAUGGGUUUCUCUUCACCCCAAUCAUGUUUACCCAGUUUCAAAUUCGUGCCUUGCCGGACCCCUUUCACCCAGCAAACAGAAAAGGCCAAAGUUUGUCUACGCUGGGUAUCAGUUUCAGCGUUAUGCUUGGGAUUGCAGUGGUGACGAUUGCGGUGUUUGUCUUUGGGCGGUUCCGGCAGCCGCCCAGCUGCAAUGGGGACUACGCCAUGCGUCUACUCCUCGGAGAGAGCAGCAGCGAUGAAACCGAAGAUGAGGGGCCUGCCCCAGUUAGUGUGGUGGUGCGCGGUGGGGAGGGAAACGGCGGGGCGUCCACCACCAGCAACAAUGCCGUAGCCGCCGCAGUGGCGGUGAAUGAGCCUCCCACGACACCGCCGACCCGUCCCAACCCAAAAUCGGAGCGAGACAGUUUGGUGAAAAACACCACACAAUGGUCUCGCUACGAGGUGCUGCAGCGAAUUGGGGAGGGGGCAUUUUCUUCCGUGUAUCUGGUCAAACGCAAAUCCACAGGGCAGCUGUUUGCGCUGAAGUAUCUGGUGUGCAAAGACAACAAGGAGCGGCUGGACGCCAUUGGGGAGUGCGAGACGAUUAACUCGCUGCAGGGGCACCCGAACAUUAUUCGCCUGGUGGAUAUGUUUAUGAACUACGAAUUUGAUGGGGGGCACCUGCGCAGUUCACCUGAGGCCGCAAGUGUCCUAACGCCCCCAGCACCAGCCGCAGUAGCCGCACCACCAUCACCACCGCAGCAGAGGAACGCCGCUGGGAUAAAUCGGGCGGCGCACACCCCACGCGUGGUCAUGACGUUAGCGGGGGGGCAACCUCCCACGCCACUGCGUGAGCCGAAGCCGCAGGAAGUGCCACAUCUUCAACCGCCUUCUUCAGUGGGGCACGUGUUUGCCAACGCGCCGCCUCGUUUGACGGCGAGUUCCAUCCAAGGCGCCAAGAACCCGUCGGCAGCGAGAAAGCAGGCACUGUCAAGUGCCGAAGACGGGCAAGCAUCGCCCCCUGCCAACGCGGCGUCUUGGACUCGUCACAGCCCCAAGUGGGACAGGGAUGAUGCGGACGUUGAUGCUGGUGCGCUUGCGAGGGCGCAGGCCGAGCUGCCCGCGGGCGCCCCACCACGGCCUCCGCCUCCGCCUCCCCCUCCCCCGGCCCCCGCGACGUCGACGGCUGUGGCGGGCUGCGCAAACUCCAGGUCGCCGCAGGAGCCGAGCGGCGGCGGCGGCGCACCUCGAUGCCCCGGGCCACAGAGCCCAAGUGGGCACGUCUUGCCCACGUCUCCAGCGGGGAUGCCGCCGCACCCUCUAGGAAAGGUGGUGCACUACAGCAACUUUGCGCAGGUCUCAUACGCGGGUGCCCCGCCACCAGCACCGACCACGCCGCAAGGAGGUCUAUCCGUGCCUCAGAAGCGCACCUCGUAUGCCCCAAGUGGUGGUAUUCACUACACCGACUUUGAUAUUGCCUUGGCGGAGACGGGAAACUUUCCAGCAACCGUGCGGCUCCCGGUAAAUAAUAACGGCGUUGCCGCUACGCAAACCGCAAAGCAUGCUCCGCUGCGGUACGUGCAGCCCGCCGUGGGGACGAUGCAAUACAAGAACUUUAUUUCCCCAGCUUCAGGCACUAACGACGCGGCCAACAAGUUGGCACCCAUGACAAAGCCGAGAUCGGUCGCCGAUGCUGUUCGUGCGGCUCGUAUAGCGAGGAUGAGCGAAAGCGCCAUUGAUUCUGCUGCGCCAGGCGCGCCGCCAAACCCCACUGCGGUUAUUCAUAAUAACGGCCUUGUAACUACAACGUCACCAGCAGCACCCACGCCUCCUGUAUUACUGCCGCAACCACAACCUACUCGAGACGCCGCGGCGAACACGAUUUGUCCCCCGUCUAACGUGGCUACUGCUGCGGUACGAUUGAAUGAGGAGCCACUCAAGGCUCAACACCCACGCCAACAGCACCAGGAACAACAACAGCAACAACAACAACAACAACGUGAAGAGGGGAAGGCGUUACCUCUGAGGUCCGCAACCAACAAAUCACCGACGCCCGUCGCAAAGCCGCCCCUUGCCGUGGCCCAGGUCAUGGCUAGGUUGACGACGCCUGGCACGCCUGAAGUUGGGCCAGUGCACACACGCUAUUUGUGUCUCGUAAUGGAGUACCAUCCUAUGGGCGACUUGUGUGGCUACGUUCUUCGUCACUCGGCGAAGCACAACGCCAAGCUAAAGCGCCAGCUGGAUGAGGAAUGGGCACGCUUUAUAAAGGCGCAAGAGGAGGAUGCAAAGAAGGCGAUGGAUCAUCUCACCACAUCAGCGUGGGUGCGGGUGGGGUCGGAGAGUGACGACACACCUUCAUUUUUCCGUCCCGGAAAAACCUCGCAGAGCUAUAGCCAUGACACCCAGUGUCAAUCCUCGCACGAUCGUGCGAACGAGGCGUCAGGCCCCGCCACGGCGGGGUCGCUGAGCUACAGCAACGUUGACCUUGCCCUGGGAAGUGGCAGCCAUAGUAGUCUGGGGCGGGAGACUGAGGCAGAAUUUGCGAUGCGUGGAAACGCCCUAACCGAGCCGCAGCUCUUGUCAAUUGCCUAUCAACUUGCCUCCGUGUUGCAGUAUCUGCAUGCGCAGCGUCCACCUAUUGUGCACCGUGACCUUAAGCCGGAGAACAUUCUUAUCUCCAGGAAACUGCCUCAGGAUGCUGCCGAGAAACCCAACGAUGGCGACGCGUACGUCGGGGAGAAGCUGCACAGCUCCGAAGCGGACAACGACGACGACGGCAAAAGCGGCGCUGGCGGUGCACCAUUGCGGAAAAAGUCUCAUUUCUCGCUAUGUUACGGCCCCGGCUGCUCCGUCAAGCUUUCGGAAGAUAUCAUUCCGAUUGUUGUGACAGACUUUGGGUUGGCCUUUAUGUUGGAAGAUCGACGCCGCGCGGGUCGCGGUGGCGGGACGCGCCCCUACAUUGCGCCAGAGUGCUGGAGUGGCCAGACCACGACCGCCAGUGAUAUCUGGAGUCUCGGAUGUUUGCUCUACGCCCUCGCCACGGCGCGUGUGACGGUUCAGACAGUGCGCAUCAUGUACGAAGAGGCGAAGAAGGAGGGUUUUGCUGCGAUGAUCCUCAACGACAUCCUGGCGGAGAACUACUCAAUGGCCUUUGCAUGCUUUGUCGUCUCCCUUCUCGGGGUAAAUCACAGCAAGAGACCCUCGGCUGAAGUGGCGAUGCGGUGCUUCAUGCUCGAGGAUGGCGUGGUGCGGUUUAACCCGAAUUGCCCAUUCUUCAGCAACGUUCGCGACCUCUGA